AUGGCUGUCGAAGUGGACCGAUUGCUCAAGAAGGAUGUAAAUCACAAUAAGGACAUCUCGAUUGCCAAGAACCACAUUCGGUGCUUUUGUCACAAGCUUGCCCUGAUCCUCAAUGCCGACCUCAAAGCAAUAUUGGUCCCCCAAAGUGAUCAGAUCCCCACCAGCACUGUGUUGGUAUUUUUCCCUGGUCUGUGUGCCAUAACCAAGGAAUCGUCCGAGUCAGGCCAAGUUGACCCAAUGGCCAACCCCUUUGAUCAGGAUGGAUUUGUUGAUGAUUCAGACUCUGACAACAGUGAAAACGAAGGACCAGAAAUCAUGGAAGCCAAUGUUAUUAAGAAGGUUCUGAAGAAGGUUGAUUAUGUGAUCCAACAAAUCACAUCCUCAUCAGCCAAGCGAGCUGAAUUCAACACAUGGGCCAAAAAACUUGACUACUCGGGGCCCACUCUGAUUGCUGGCUACGGUAUCCGCUGGAAUAUCAAGUUUGAGAGCCGCAAGUGUGGGUAUAUUGCAAGGAACGUAAUCAACAAACUAAUUGAGAACGAGCGAGACCGACAAGAACACGAGGGAGGCAAGAACCACUUCAACAAAUAUGAAAUGACACAAAGUGACUGGGAGAUUGUCAAUAAAUUGAAUGACAUUAUCAGUGAAUUCUAUUAUGUCACUAAGAAGAUGGAGGGUGACAUCCCAUCGGCAUCGAUGUUCCUUGCAAAAUACUGA